AGUUUGUUAUUAAAUAUUAUCUCAUCCAUAAAGAAGUUUGAAUUUAUUACCACUGAUCAUUGAGUGCAUGUAACUCUCCAACGAAGAUGAUCAUCGUCUAUUGUGCACCCUUUCGUAGGCUACAUCACGGUCACAUUAACUUUCUCUUUACAAUAGUUUUUUUCGCUAUCAAGUAAAGCGAAUAUGUUUGCUCUAAGUGUUUUCCGCACCCCUCUGAAUAGUCUCCCUGUUCUUGUGGCAAUCACCAGCGCCGUCUAGUGAUUUUCCUAUGCGCUUGGUGAAAAUAAAGCACCUGCUCCUAGACAGCAACAAAGCAGGACAAUACAAAGCAGAAUAACCACAACUAACCUAUGCUAAAGGCUAAACAUUCACAUAAUACAUCAGGACAGGUCUGCGAUGUGCAAUGCUAGUUGUUUGUCUUCACGCUUAUUUUGUCUUAUAUAGAGUGUCACAGUGCAACGAAUAGCCUAUGCUUUGGCAAGUAGGCCUUGUUGAUCCAGUGUAGGCUAUACAUUAUUCUGUGCAGUAUUAUCUGUGCGGGAUUAAAAAUAUUGGUUUAUUAUAUAUUAAUAUGAUACGAGUUAUUUUCAUGGCAGCAUCCUUAAAUUCAGAUUAUGUUAUUGGGGCCCGUUAUUAGAAGUGUUAUUGUAUUGAUUAAAUUCUAUUUAUGCGAGAAAUGUGUAAAACCUAUGCGCAAUCAAUUAACCUAAACGUGCCAGUGGCAUACAUAUAGCCUGUAAGCUCAACAGGUAAGAUAUUAUCGGGUGUUCGAUAUUAAUGAAUGUGUUAUGUUGUUCCGAAGUGUUUCCUAUGUAUUUCUCAUAAAUUAGUCUUCAGAAACUAGUUAGGUUACAUUUCCCUAUCCCUUACAUCACCAACACAAGUUAAUGGGAGGUAAUCCCCACCAUGUGAGGGGUCGGUCAAGGUUGGAGGCGGAGUGUGUUUCAUUCAAAUCCUCAUCCCAGUCCUAUAAAAAGGGAACUUGUGUGCAGUCAAGAACUUAAGUGCAGAGGAUCAGAACAGAUGAUAACACAGCCACUCAAGUCUCCUGUAGCCAGGCCUAAACACGGUGGUCGCGCCACCCCCGUUCGGCAUGAAAACCAUCAAGGCACUUAAAAAUGCAGUCAUUUGUCUUAUUUUGCUGCCUCGCUUCCUGGUGGCUGCGGUCAUGCUCUGGUUCCUCGAUUUUCUGUGCGUAAGGAAAAUGCUGUUCAAAAUGCGGGAGACCGAGGGAAACGCGGAUGAUCCACCUCUGUGUAUCUCUGAUUCUAAUCGGAUGUUCAGCCUGGAGUCGCUGAAAGCGGUCUGGCACGGGCAUAAACUGGACUUCUUUAAAUCGGCGCACCUGGGACACGAAGCACCCAACACCGAAGUUGUGCAGCUUGGAGACCGAAAACCAACCCGGAUUCUUGACUAUGCGAAAGGCAAGAGACCACUAAUUCUAAACUUUGGUAGUUGUACCUGACCACCAUUUAUGACACGCCUGAAGGCGUUCCAGCGGGUUAUAAACCAAUACGCUGAUAUAGCAGACUCCGUUGUUGUGUAUAUAGAGGAGGCGCAUCCGUCAGAUGGAUGGGUGAGCUCCGAUGCGCCAUACCAAAUCCCCCAACACCGUUGUCUUGAGGACAGACUGAGAGCGGCAGAGUUGAUGAACCAAGAAGUGCCGGGUUGUCUUGUGGUCGCAGACAGUAUGGAGAAUUCGUCAAAUGCCGCGUACGGAGCGUAUUUCGAUAGACUUUAUAUACUCCAGGACAACAAGGUUGUGUACCAAGGAGGCAGGGGACCGGAGGGAUACCGAAUAUCUGAACUGAGAAACUGGCUUGAUCAGUACAGACACAGUAUUGAAAAUUCCAGGAAUGUUGUCAUUCAUAUAUAAUUUAAACUUUCUGUUUCACCCACGUUUAGAAAAUUGAGCCAUCAUUGACAGACUGCAAUCCCACUAGUGUUGUUCCCUUUCUCAUGAUAGGACUCAAACCAAUGAAAUUGUUUGUGAAGGCGGAAAAGUGUAUUUUAUUACAAGACAAGAAGUUGUGUCCUAUAACUCGUUAGUUUAUUUUAAACUUGGGCAUAUGAACAUCGUUAGGUAUUCAAUCAAUUAUGUUGUUUACUUGUUAGUUAUCAAUCGCAUAUUUGUAUAUUCGAAUUAUAUUGUUGCUGCAUUUGUUAUGCCCUUAUCUCCCUGUUCUGCUUCGUACUGUGUGAAUGGUUAAGGGGAUUCUCCUGACUGCGUAAUGCUCAUUGACAUACACCCCAGUAUUGUUGUGAAGUUCGGUUUUUAAAAGGUGCGUCACCAGAAAAUCGAUACUGAUGUCUUAAUACUGGUGUGCAUGUGCGUGUGCAUUGCCCUUUUUUAUCGAGUAUGUUUUGUAAAUGAUACAUCCUUUUUAUUGAAUAUAUUUUGUAAAUAAACAAACUUGUAAUUUAAA